CGCGUACCCAGCAUGACAGAAGGCAUAGGUUGAAAAUGAUAACAAACUGGAUAUGGCUACGAAUGCUGGCGAAAAAUAUAUCUUACAGCGAAUUAUAGUCAAUUGGAUAAAAGUAAUUGCAAUAAUUCUGGGAUCUGCUGUGGCAGUAAAUUCAAAUGGAAGAUGUGGCUGCGCACAGAAUCGCCCUAUCGGCAACGGAUUCUACACUCCAGAACUAAGUGCAGUAAGGGGAGACCCAUACAAGGCCAUGAGUGAUGGUUUACGACAUAUACAAAACAGUGAUUCGCGAGGGCAGCGGUUGCCAAGCUACAAAGUAUUACAGUUCCAGCCAACAUAUCUGGAUUUUCGUCACCAGUACGUUGGGAUGCCUGUAAUGCAAAUUGUUACAAUUUUAAAUCCAAGCAAUAAAAAUCAGUUAAGAAUUAUGUCGAUUAGGACGGGUUCACCGCAUUUCCAUGCAUCGCUGGUCAAGUCUAGCACUGUAGAGCCAUUGGCGAAUACAACCUUUGAAUUAGUUUUUCUUCCGCGGUUAGCUGGCAAUGUUGAAAAUACCGUUUUUAUUCGUACAAAUAAGGGUGAAUUUACAUAUCAAGUAUUUGGUGUUGGUCUGCCAAAUGUUUACAGACUUAGAGCAUUUAUUGGUGCAAAAAUCCCAGUAGAUGGAUCGUUUUCACCUUAUAUCAAUAUGUACAAUCCGUACAGUGAGUCAAUACAGGUGACAGAAAUGUACUCAAGUGGAGGUGAUCUGCAUCUUGAUUUACCAACUGGUAGCAACGAUGCAUCACAAAAAAUAUGGGAGAUACCACCUUUUGAAACGAAGGCCAUAAUGAAGGCGACAUUUCACGGCAAAGCAGAAGGCAAUCAUACUGGAUUUGUGCGAAUUAAAACAACACGAACAUCGACAAAGAAGGAAGAAAUAAUUCUUCCAUUUGAUGUCGAUGUUUCUUCAGCUCCCGGAUUGUACACUAAUAUUGAUGCCUUUGAUUUCGGCACUCUAAGGACGAUGGAUGAACCAAAAUCUUUAAAUCUUAAUAUGAUAAAUACUGGAAACAGAUCAGUUCCAAUUUCUUCUGUAAUUUCUACACCACCAAAUAAAGCAAUUUCAAUACAAUUCACGCCAAUGGUUCUAAAACCUUCAAAAAAGCAUCACAGAGUAGCGGUCAUAACGUUUACAGCCUUGCACGUCACCAAAGCAAAGCAACAAAGUGGAACCAUUGUUAUUCAAACUGGCGAGAAAAAUGGUGGACGGAAAGAAAUUCCUUUCAAUGCUAAUGUUUUGCAAGGCACUCUGGCCUACUCUGUCGCGAAAACCGCAUUUUUUUCUGGAAAUUCUCAAGAAAACGCCAUCGUCAAACCAUUGACAAUUACAAAUACCUUCAAUUUUUCACUAAUUAUUUACAAUGCUACAAUUCCAGUUGAAUUCAAUCAUAUUUUUGGUAUUGAAAAUUUUAUAAAUCCAACCGUUGUGUCACCAGGCAAACUGGUAUCCCCACUGUCAAUCAAAUACAUGAAUAACCAAUCAGAUUUGGUUUUAUCAACUACCUUGAGACUGUACACAAAUGCAUCAAUUUUCACCAUCCCAGUCCAUAGCUACACAGGGAAAUUAAAGCACAAUGUUGAAGGUCCAGAUGAGUACGCAAUAGAUUACGGUACAGUCGGGGCAAAUGAAAACAGAACCAUAACUUUCAGAAUCAUAAACACAAACCCAGUGGAGGUAUCAAUCAAAGAGUAUUCUUGCUGUGGUAAUAUAGAAUUCGCCAGGCUGCGACUGGAUUUCGUACGCCAAGGGCGGAAAAGCAAGCAAGCUAAGCGGAGCAAAUGGACAUCUGACAAGAAUAACACUACAAAGAAUAGUUUUAAUUCUACAGAUGGCGAUCAGAUAACUCUACGACCCAAAGAAGAGGCUGUGUUUACUGUUGACGUGACUGCACCUGCAAAAGAAGGCGUUUAUAGAGGCGAAGUGAUUUUCAAAACUGCAUACGAGGAAGUUCAUAUUCCAAUGUUCAUAAAAGUUGUUAUUGGACAGCUUGUUUCAAAACCGAAAAGGAUUCACUUUGAAAAUAGUUUCCCAGGACAAACAAAAAGCCACACAAUAUAUUUAGAAAGUACUUUUAGUAAUACGUUAAAAAUUUCGGAUAUAAAGCUGCAUCCUCCUGACGCCUCUUUCACAUACUUACAAUUUGAGAAUGAAAUCAAAGAAUUAGUUCCAAACAGACGAACAAAGAUUGGAUGGGUGAAGCUGGAUCCACUACGUGGUAGUGAGUCUCAGUGCUACCUGUGUCUUUGUCAACCUCCUGACAAGAGUUGUAGUGAGUGGGUUCAGAGCCUUUCACUUCCUGCAGACACAUGGGAGCUUGACUUGAAAUUAUUAGAGAAAAACAAGGGAAAAUGGGAAGCUUUGAAGGAAUCAAAACAAACAAAAAUAAACACGACACUUGUUAUAGAUUCUGAAGUCAUCCGAAAUCACUCCAUUCCCAUCCAAGCGUCCUUAAGUUGGCCUUCCUUAGUCGAACAGUCGGUUCGUUUUCCACCUACGCACGUUGGUAAUCACACGGAACAAGAAUUGACCCUCACUAACUCCGCAGAUGUGCCAGUUCUGGUACAGGUUUUGCCGUUGAUGAUCUACCCACAUCCCAAUGGCGCCAUGGACCUUGUAUCAGACAGGCUUGAGGAAGACCCUUUUUCAAUCGAGUUGAAUGGCCAUUCGGCAUUUUCGCUCUCAGAUGUCUCGGGGAAUUCCAACGAACGGGCACUGCUGGAGUCAAGCUUUGGCGUUUCCCCUUCUCCCGAUACCAUCUCUUUGUUGCUGAAAAGAAGAUCAAAAGCUGUUGUCAAAAUUGGUUUUAAACCUGAUGAUGAAAAGCUGAAGACUUCGUUAAUGGUCGUAAGAAAUAAUUUGACGAUACUUGAGUUGGUCGUGGUCCAAGGCCAGGGUGCACGUGGGCAGUUAACGAUAAAUGAGAAAAAGCCUGGGUUGGAAUCCCUCUUGCUUUUCGAGCUGAAGGCCAGUCAUCUAAACGACUGCAAUAAGUCGACUGCGAGGGCGAGAACGUUCCCAUCAUUCACCGUGAAGCGCUCUUUCACUGCGACAAAUGCUGGACAGCUGCCAAUCAGCGUCAUGUCAAUCAACAUCAAUGGCUAUGAAUGUAGCGGAUAUGGCUUUAGAAUCCUCGACUGUGAACCGUUUACGCUUUUGCCUAACAAAUCAAGAAAGCUUGACAUCACAUUUACGCCAGACUUUACGACUUCACGCCUUACGAGAACAUUGCGCAUCGUAACUUCAGUAAACACAGUCUUGGAGUUUACGCUUCUCGCAACUCUCCCUCACCACCUGCUUUCACUGUGUGCGUCAUCGUUGCCUCGGCCUUUUUGGGAACCCUAUUUUCAUAUGGUUGCAGCUUUCGUCAUGUCUGUAGUUUUUAUUUUUGUCAUAUUCGGAGCUUACGUCGACGCCCAGAAGUAUGUGCUGCAGUGUACCUUUGGUGCCAGUAAUUCCGGAACAGUCAAAGUUGGAAGGGUAUCUGAAAUAUACACGCCCGGGAACGUUUUCAAUCUGAGUUCGAUUUCCAACAUCAAAUCAAGGACCCCAGACAAAAAGGACAGUCCAGAUGGAAAUUCGUCAAGUAAAUCAAACGGACUUCAUCUGCCCUUGCAGAAGAAAGGCUCCAAUGAAAUAUCUCCGGUAAGCUUUUCCAGAUCCAGGUCUUCAUCGACAACAAGUAGCACGUCAGAAAUUUCGUUGAAAAGCACAACAUCCACGCCGUCAUUUGAGGCACCCAAAGAAUUUCGCAUCGAGUCGGAGAAAAAGGAUACUGAAACCGAGGCCAAGAAGACUAAGUCGAGGCAUCAUGGAAGCAACGAGAGUAUCGGACAUUUGGAGGAGAAACCCAGAAGUGAUUCACAGAGACAAGGGCGACAUCGAAGAUCUGAGAAAGAAGCGAGGAAUCGUAGAGGCAAUAACGAUAUGCACGAAAGACGGCCAUACGAGGAAAUACCAGCAUCAAAUAUUGUAAUAAAGGAGGUAUCAAUUUUAGACACGGAAAAUGAACGAUCUUUGCUUGCAGCAAGAAGCAAGAAAAAGACGAAAUCCGGCUCAAAGAAGGAUGCAAAGGAACAAAAAAAGCAGCAAACUUCGACAACACACGCACAACCUAUGGUAAAAGAACCCCAAUCAGGAAUGAAAUUGUACGACUUUGAAUUAGCUUCACAACAAAUUCCAGAAAAUGCUUUCACAAAAGUUGAAUCCAAGGCUCACAAAUUGCUUAGAAAAGGGAAUAAAGUCGAACCAGCUCCGGACACGGUUAUCUAUCAUGGCUCUCUGGACCGAUUAGACGAAAUUUCGAUUUCCGGACCCAGACCUGAUGGGAGAGAUAAAGGAAGCAGAAAUGAACUGAAAGUUAAACAAGAUAAUUCCAAACGAACUGAUGUGGGACAGAAAAGGAAAUUGCAGCAGCCAGUCCAGCAGUUGGUAGCGCAAGGAAAUAAGGUAAUAUAUGAUGCAAACGGAAAAAUGCACUCGGAAACACCUACCUCGCCUCAUGCAAUCGCUGCGGCCGUCGUUGAGGCAGCACUCGAGAGAAACAGCAGCUCCAAAAUAAAAAGAGGGAAAAGCAAACUUGAAAAGACCAUGUCCGCUGGAAGCACGCCGACAUCACUGGAAUCUUUGAGUGAAAGCAGCCGAAGCAGCAGUUACAGCAGCAUUGUUAGCAGUGAAAACCCAAUGUUGAAGUUUCUCGUGGGAAAGAGAGGUCCAAGUCCGCCUGUUAAUAGACAGAACACCCCAUCGCCCUUACCUCGAGACGAUUCACAAGGCUCAUCCGGAAACUCAUCUCCAGUCAGUUUUCAAUCAGUAACCCAAACGGAGAGUGAAUCUUGGAGUUCAUAUAUUCGUCGCUUGGCAGUCGGAACUCAUCCCGGAACCGGAAAAGAUACAAAACAACAGCAAAAAGAGAAACCCACUCUGCCGAACCCGACAACGACCUCUCAGAAUACCAGCUCGAUGUUCUUUUACGAUAAUCUGAGCAGCUUGCGAGCAACCAAACAGACGCCCGAUGAAGAGUUGGAACAACUGAAAAAAGCACCCGGAACGAAGAUAUGGACACAAAAAGGCAAGCAACCGAAGUCGGAUCUUGACCCAUCGAGUAAGGAAUUUAUACCCAAGUCACAAAUGAAAGCUCCAGUCAAGAUGCCUUUCCGUGAUAGACCAGAACAUCGUCUAUCGUGGCUCGAAAGCAGGAAAAGUGGACGCAUAAACCCACCUCCCGGACUGAAGAAAAUAGCGGACAUAUGGGGAUUUGACAAUAUCACGACCAGGGAUUCAAGCCAGAGUAGGGAAAACGGAUGGAAUUCAUUCAAAGAUGACCAAUUGAAACCGGACCUGGGAAACAAGCUGAGAAACCGGGCCUACCCAUCUGAUCGAUAUAGUGUUCUGAUGCCACAACAGGAUUCUGAAAAACCACGUCACUCAGAGCUGUUUGACAAUCUGUACAGUGCAUUUGGCCAUCCAUCUCCAACUGACUCGAUCCAAAAUCCCUGGUCUGCGGAUAGCUCUUUGACCGAUAUUGAUCAACAGAACAACCAAUGGGCAACCCCAGGAAUUCGUCCGUCUAUUUGGAGCAACAGCCGCAGUUAUUCAGCCGAUGACGGCCAGAUUUCUCGCAGUCUGCUUGGUCUUGACCUGAGCAUCCCUCCCCAAGCAGCAUCAGCCGCCAAGCAAAGAGCCUCUGACCGCAGCCCCGUGAGCCCAUUUGGCCCUAUUUGGGACGCAAGUGAUGAUUCGAUUGAUCCAUACGAAGGCUGGUCUGAAGACAUCAAAGAAGGAUGAGUGUAGAAAAACCCGGAAGAACGUUGUCACAUUUUCGUUGCCUUUUUGUUUUCUGUCCCUUUUGGUUAUGUUGAAUCGUCUGUUCUUUGGUAUCUUCCUGGUGAGCAAUUCUCGCCGUUUUGUUAUUAUUGUUCUGUAAGAAAUUCCCUAUAUUUUAUGACGCAAUGCUAUCGGUAUCAACCUUUUUUACCCUGGUAAGGUCGUAACGAUUUGAGGUAAACUCCUUUAUGUUAUACCUGACAACCUUGACUUUCGGUUUUCAAUUGGACAGUGUUUUAGUUCUACAACAAAUGACCGAAUAAACGAAAAAAGGACAUUGAAAGAGUCAGUGCUAAUCAACACUUAAAUUUAAAAACCAAUGUUUCGGAUGAUGAAAAUAAUUUCAUGAAAACGAAUUUAAAAACUUCCUCUGAUGUCACCAGGGUAAAGCGAUUUGUUGUACUGUUAGCCUUGCGCUAUCUCCUACUUGCCCAAGUUAUUUUGUAACUUUACUCUCUAAUUAUCCUUAGCAUAUUUGCUUUGGUUUAUGGAGCCCUUGCAUUUUGGUUAUGCCCUCAUAGAGAAGAGAGCCUUAACAGCCGUUAAAAUUAUCAGCUAUUGAAUGCCUUGUUUACUGUAAAUCAUUUUAUGUCUUUUUAUAUUUGUGUUUCAAAGUGUGACUCAUUUCUUAUCCAUGUUUGAGUCUUUAUCGACUCUUGUUUUAUACUAAUUUCGUUCUUUUGCCUUUAAUUGAGUUUCUAUAAAAUUACAGAUAAUUUACAUAGUGAAAGUUUUUACUAUUUAUUAAUUUUCGCACAUGCCCUGAUAUGAUGAGGAAUUUAUUGUUUGA